AUGGCGUCUGGUCCAUACAAAGAUGGUAUUUCCUUACAGUAUAGUGGUUCAUUUGGGAUAAUUCUAUGUAAUUUAUUUUUCUUGCAGUCUUACUUUGUCACAGACUAUGAUCCCACGAUUGAAGACUCCUAUACAAAACAAUGUGUUAUUGAUGAACAGGUGGCAAGAUUGGAUAUACUUGACACAGCUGGACAGGAAGAGUUCAGUGCUAUGAGGGAACAGUAUAUGAGGUCUGGAGAAGGCUUUCUCUUAGUAUUUUCCAUCACUGACCGAAACAGCAUUGAACAUUCUAUGAAGUUAUUCAAACAUAAUUCUAACCAUUCUAUCUUACGGGUAAAAGACCGUGAUGAAUUUCCAAUGUUGUUGGUGGGCAACAAGUGUGACUUAGAACAUCAGAGAAUGGUUUCACAGAAUGAUAUCCAGCAACUAGCCAACCAGUUAAAAAUACCUUACAUGGAGUGCAGUGCUAAACAUAGACUGAACGUAGAUGCAGCAUUCCAUGACCUGGUUCGCCAUGUCAGAAAAUUUCAAGCAGCUGAGCGCCCACUUGUUAAAGCAUCCAAACCCAGCAAUAAAAAGAGAUGCUGCACCAUUCUUUAGUUUUCUGGUUGACCAACUUGUAAUUAGACGUAUGAGACAAAAAAAAAAUGUCUAGAUUUUACGUGUUUCACAAAAAUUCCAAGUAGCUUCAGAAGCUUUUACACUAGUGUCUCAACAUUUCCUUUGUUUUUAGCUUUCUCAGUUAUAUUGCUUUUUUUCAAUAAGUGGAAAAUACAAUUUAUGAUAGCUACUUCCCAGUAUUGUAUAUACAUUGAUGUGACAAGAGUUCUUACAUUUGAUCCAAUUAAUUGUUUAUUUAAAAACUGAAUUCAAAUAUGUUUUCAAGACUCACUGAUUGAAAUUGAAUUUCUUUAGUUUUUUUUUUUAUACCUUUAAAUAUUCCAGGUCUGCUAGAUCAGUUUAUGAUAAAUUAUGACUUCAAAAUAUAUGAAUUGCAAGAAUUAACAUUUAUUGGUUUAUAUGAAAAUUGUAAAUAUCAUUAUGACAAAAACCUUUUUAUCACUAGAUGAUUAUAUGUGCAAGUGAUGCUAGUGUAUUUUCAAAAAUAGUCAUUUUUAAUAAGAGAAUAACAUAGAAAGUUAUAUACCAUAAGUAUAAUCAUUUGUGUUAUUAUAUAAAAAGGUUUCAAAAAUUGGCACUUAUUAAAUAUAGUUUUUGUGGUUUUACAGAGUAAUGCUAUGAUCCAGGAAGUUAUUGUGUUAAAAUGUAAUUAACUGAAUGUUUAAACAAAUUUCUUUCAAAUCAUUUUUUAAUUAGGAUCCCAAUUUUUUUUCCUGAAUAUAAGCUUCGAAUGAUAUAACUGAUAUAAUGUUUUUGAAAAUAUUUUUAUAGAAGCAUCAGCCUACAAAGAUAUUUGACUUUAAAUUCAAUAUUUUUGUACUAAUAUCUUUGCCAUCCUUUGAGAUGCAUACAAGUCAGUCCAAUUAGUCUCUUGUCAUCUUGCAUUUGGAACUGUAAAAAAUGUUUAAGCUUGAAAUAUAUAUAGGUAUAUUUCUACACACACAUACACUAGUGUUUUUAACAUAUUUGUUAUAUAAAUUCUUUGUAUGAUAUUAGAUUUGCACAUAAGGAAAUUUAAAGGUCUAUUUUUAUAUAAAAUUAUCUUUAUUGAUUGCUGUCCAUUAUACGUGUUAUUGACAACACUUUUUACAAUCUUAUCAAACCCUUUGAUUUGUAAGUUAAAAAUACAUUUCAAACAAUUUUUAAGAACUUGUUGCAAAAACUGAGAUAAUCAAUCUGCAGUAAAUUUAAAUGUCAAUAAAUUGAUCAAGGAAAGAUUAAGCAAAUUUUUAAAACUUAAGCUAGUUGAUAAUUUUUUAUGGAAAAUCUUUGUUUACUAAUCUUUGAGAGAGAGAGAUGUGUAUUUGAAAAUCAACAUUUUUCAAAGGAAGUUGUUUUCAUCAAAAGCAUUUUUCAAGUAUGUUAGGUUUUAUUUAGAAUUUUGGAAACUUAAUUAAAGAUUGUGUUUGAAAACUGGUGUACAUGAAGUUUUGUCAUGAUAAGUAAGUAACUAGAUAACAAAGCACAGUAUGCUACUCAUCUGAUUCCAGUUUUUAUUCCCAAGUAUAAGGUAUGACAUGUUCAGUUAGUGGUAAUUUUGAAACUGCAUUAGAUAAAAUGGAAAUUUUAAACCUGAUAUGAAAUUAUUAAAUUUUAAAGAAAACAAAAAUGAAAUUGAAAUGCUGUAAAUGAGAUAUCUUGACAAAGCCUGAAUUGAUCCAGUUAUAUAAGAAUGAAAUGUUUGAAAAUAUUAAUGAUAUUAUUGUGAUGUUUCGUCAUACAUUAUACCUUCCAGCUGAAAAAGCAACAAACAACAACAUAAAUUUGUUAUUACUGAGGGAUUAUCAGUGGUAGAUAAAAUGUUUUUAUACACCUUUUGUUAAUGUUUAAAGGUUUAAACCUAAUUUUGGCCAUACACUGCAAUUAAUCAUAGCAUAUGUCAGUGAUUUUGUCUUCACAUUUUUUUUACUUUAAUACUACAGUUUAUUUGAAAAGCGAAAUAGAAUUUGUUUUCAAGCAAAUGAUAGAAUUUUGAUAAGGAUUAACUUAAAAAGAAAUUCUCUAGUUUCAUUACCAUGCAUUUAAUUGUAUAGAUCUAAAACUUUCAAAUGGAAAAAAUUCUAGUUGUACAAAACUUGUUGUACUAUCUAUAUUCAGAUUUUCAAUCAGGUUCUUUCUAGUAACUGAAAUAUCCUUAGAACUUAGCUUCUUUUCUUUUUUUGCUAUUUAACAUGUCAUAGUUUGCUCUUUGUAUAGCAGGUCUCAGUUAACAGAAUUACAGAUUUGUAAAGUACUUCAUUUUUCUUUACACAGGCAGACCAGUUUUCUCAUCCUAUAGCAGUUCCAUGUUAACCUAAUUAUAAAUAAUGAUCUCAGGAUUGCACUUUUUACUUCCUUCUGUACUUUUAAACUAACCUAAAUAGAUUUUAAUCUCAAAUUACAUAUAUGUACCCAAACUUACCACAGAUUUCUCUUUAAACAGUUAACCAACUACACUUUUUUUUUUCCUGUCAAUAAUCCUAAGUUUAGGUAAUUGCUGAAUUGACUACAUUGAUUUGAUAUUUUUUGUUCAUAUGCAUCAAAGUUUCUUUAAUUUUUGUUUUCAUCUUAAAUAAUGAUUUCCUGGAAAUGGGUAGCUAUAAUUCUGUUUUAUAUUUAAUUCUGGUAUUCACAUCAAUGGUAAAGAGGUAUAUAAGGUAUAUACAGUAAUGGAAAUACAAAGCUGUACAUAUAAGACUCCUAACCAAUGAGUAAUGGUAAAUAGACAGUGAGCUUAUUAAUGGUACUAAACAUUAUGAUACAAAAUAAAAGUACGUUGUAAAAUGCACUUGUAAUUUGUAUCUAAACCAUUUGCUUUACACUAAACAUUACAACAUUAUUUUCAUUUGCCAUGCAGUUUAUUAAUGCACAAUUGUAGAAUAUUUUCCAAAUAUCCUGUAUUAUUCCACACAAUUCAGCCAAGUUGUUUUGCACCCAUAUACCUUUAGUAAUGUUCAUACUAGGACUUUGUGUAGGUCAAGCCAUGGUUGCGAGUUUUCCAUUGGCCUCUUUACUGUCAAGAUAUCAUUUCACUAUAUGUGCUGUAUGUUUAAGAUCAUUGUCUUGAUGAAAGAUAAAUCUGCACCCAAUGAGUUGUGUACCUGAGGGAAUGGUAUGAUGAAUCAGAAUCUACUUGUAAGCAGUCAAGGUGCCAUCACUUUUAUAUAGCUAAGAUGCAGCCCCAAAGUUGUACUUAUCCCCUACUAUCUUUAAUUAAUAUAGUGUAAAUUGACAGUCACAAUAUUCUCUUCUCUUCCAUUAAUCAAACUGUCAUUGAUUGUUGCCAAACAUUACAAACUUCCAUUUAUCUAUAAAAUGUAUGUCUCCAACUUUGCUUAUUCUAUGGUUUGUGGUUCAUUGCCAGUUUCAAGCUUUUGGUUACUUCUUCUCAGCAGUGAUUUUCUAACAACUAAGACUUCCAUUGAAGCCACUUCAUGCUAAUGUAUAUGUAUCUUACUGUUCUAAAUAUGACAUUCACAUCUUUAUUUACAGGAAGGCUGUUGGCAAGAUCUGUCCUUGACUCUUGAUGAUUUGGUAAAGAACAUACCCUGAAAUACUUAACAUCACUCUUAGAGAGUUUUGGUUUUUUGCCUCAACCAUUUCUAUUUAACAUACAGAUGUUAAUGUGUUUUUUGGGUUUUUUCACAGAAUACACAGUGCCUAUUUCAUGCAAACAGCUUCUACUAUAACAUUGAUUUUCACCAUAAUUUUUAUGCAUGGAGUAGCCUUGACUACCCAGAACUUUAUUUCUACAUGCUUUUCAUGUGGUAUUUCAGUCCUGGAAACAGUGUGACUGCCUGUUGUUGUUUUUGUGUUAGGUUUUUAAUACAACUUUUAUCUUGUUGGUUUUAAACUUUCUGAUUGAUUGCUUAUCAACCAGCCACAGUGUAAACUAUCAACACAUGACUGCUCUUUGGUGCAGUUAGUUUUUGCACAAUAGAUGAGUGACAUUCCAAUUGUAUGUGUUUCUGAUACACUUUAUUCACAGUGAUUCGAUAAUUAUAUCAAAUUCUGUGUGUACAUAUAAAAAGGUAUGAAGAAGGGAGCAUUAGACUAAAAAGAGAGGGGGGAAGCAUUUUAUAAUUUAACUAUUCUGGAAAUGCCAAUUUUAUGGUAAAUUAUGUUUGUAUCCUAAUUUCAUUGUACAACAUUAAGUGUUUUGAAGGAUAAAUAUGUCCUGUAAUUUUAAUUAGUUCCAGAGCAAUAUGAAGUCUAUAACAGUGGAAAUUUUGUAAUUGAUUUAUAUAUAAUUUCAACCUUUCAAUAUUUUUUUUAAAUCACCAGUGUUUACAGAUUAAUUCUUGUAUACAGUUCUGUAUUGAAGGCUAGUUAAUUUUUUGUUUUGUUUUUUAAACACACACCAAUUGUUCACAUUUUUAAUGGGUUUGUCACUACUUUUGAUUGUCUUGCUAUAACUUUAUGAAAAAUGCAACUUCCAUAUUUUUGAUAUUGUGUCUUUGUAAGUUCGAUGGUAAGGAGUCAAACAUAAGAGUCCAGCUUAUUUUGCAUACUGUGACACAUUAUUAGUGACUUGAAGUACUGUGAUUCGUUAACCAUAAAUAAAGGGAUACAAAACUGAACCAAGUUUUCAUACAGA